AUGUUACUUGGAAGACUUAAACUAUGCUGCCGCCUCCAAAAGUUUAUGAGAAUGAUCUCCAUAAAUCAUGAGAAUUUGUAUACACUAUGUAGGCAUUUAGGAAUAAGUAAGGAUAAAGCUCAUUUUAUUAUGCUUAAACAGCCAUAUAUUACCAAAUUUUGUGAAGAAGAUAUACAAAGUAUGGUAAAAACUGUGUAUGAUUUAGGGUAUCCUAAAGAUAUUUUGAUAGAUUACCCAAAUUUAUUUUAUAUGUUACCAGUUACUUUAAAAAACAGGUACAAAAUAUUAGAAGAAUGUGGAUUCAAAGAAAUAACUCCUCAACUAUUACUUUCAUAUCUCAAUAUCAUGAAACAGAAAACUGUUGGUGAAUUAAGAAGUGGAGGGCUGAUACCUCAGUUUUUUAAUAUGGAAAAUAGACUAGCGAGUUGCAUGACACAGUGGCCUACCUCACUUACCACUUUAAUAUAUGGUGACGUAAACUCAUUAACAUUGCAUAGUUUAAGGUUGAAAAUUAUUCAAAGAUACCUGGAACUUGUGAUUGAUCUUACUGAAGAUGAAUUUUUAAGAGGGCUAAAAACAUAUCCAACGUUACAGCAUCGACCUUUGAAAGCUAUUAAUGAAACAUUAGUCAUUUUACAAUCCCAAGUUGCAAUGCCAAAAUACAAAAUAAAAUCUAAUUUAUAUCUCAUUCAUGCUGAUCCAGACAAUCUUACGCAAAUUUUGUUUAAGCUGAGAGAAUUGGGAGGAAUAGAUGUAAAGGAUGUUAUAAGGAUGUAUCCAAAGUUGGCCACUAAAAACUACUCUACAUUACAAGAGAUAAAAGACAUACUUGAAAAACAUGGAAUAGGUUCAGAAGCACAAUCAAGAUGUUUUCAAGUAUUCACUCUAAGCCCAAGAACUGUUGAAGAACGAUUAACACAUGCAAAAACAACACCUGAGUUCAGCCUUUAUAUCAAUCAUCCAAGAUUCUUAAAAAUCAUUCUCUACAACAAGACAGUAUUGAAAAGAAUAAUAAAUUUAAAAAAUCAGAACAAAAAGUGCUUAAGCCUUAAUGUACUCUCUGGAAGUUCUGUACGAUAUGAAUCAUUUGAAAAAGCACCUGGAGACAGGCUUGGAAAAGGAAAGGAUUUAGUAUUUGCUAUAAGCCAAGUUUUGGGCAGUGGUUUUCCUACUAAAAAUAUUCGCAACACACUUAGAAAACACCCAUUUUGGAUUAAUAUACCAUUAGUUGAAGUUAGAUAUGUUUGUGAUAAGUUAACCAAAGACUUUUCACCUCAAGAUAUAUAUGAUAAUGUUGCUGUUCUUUUAUAUCCUUGGAAUAAAAUAAGAAAAACUAUUGAGGAUAUUCAUAAAGUAGAAGCUUUAAAUGGCCAUGUAGAUAUAAAUAAACUAAAUAAAACUCAACAGUUAAGUUUGGUUGUUUAUAUGAUUGAAAAAGAACAUUACUUUUCGGGAAACGGUGUUUGGACAGAUGAUCAACAAAAGAAUAUAGUUAAUUUAGAAUCUAAACCUACGACAAAAUUAAAAAAAAUUUAA